AUGUACUUUGAUUAUACAAUCAAAAAGAACAUUUGCACUGUUAAGUGCAAAGACGUCCAUUCACAUGGAACGUAUAAGCGAAUUCAUUUGUCUGGCGAUGAUGCAAAGGAAUUCAUCGAAAAAGUCAAGCAAGAUCCUUUGACCACGCCUAAGAAAAUGACAACUGGCAUCUCAUCUUGCAUGGGAGAAAUAGUUGGUGCUGCCAGAAAUAUUGAUCCUGUUCUUUCAAACCAGGACAGAGUCAAAUAUGAAAUGAACAAGGUUAGAGGACAACUCAAUAUCAGCAAGAGUAGCGAGUUCCUUGGAAAAUUCACCAAGAUUAGAAAAGAAUUUGAUGGAUUUAUUACCUAUGCACAAGUUACCAAUGAAAAAGGUUUUUUGCUUUCUUUCUCGCCUCCCGACAUCAAAGAAUUUGGAGACCAGUUUCAUUGA